ACAGUGUGUACAGCUGCUAGUCGGGGGUGAGGCAACAGCAGUCGCCUCGGAGUCCGAAAUCCUGCAGCUGUCCGGCGAGCAGGAAAACCAUGGAAAACCUGGAACUCCGCCGCUGUAGGGUGCACUAGACCGCUCCCCAACCGGAGGACAGGCGGGAGGGGACUCCGUGUCCCUCCGCAGCGGAGACCGAGAGGCGUAGGGCUGCCCCUCCGGCGGCGGUUCCUCCCUGCUGGAAGAAAUGUGGCUGAACCCGGAGGAAGUUCUGCUGAAAAACGCUCUGAAGCUCUGGGUGACCGAGAGGAGCAACGACUUCUUCCUGCUGCAGAGGAGGAGAGGCCAUGGGGAGCCGGGGAGCCGGAUCACAGGUCUCCUGGUGGGGGCGCUAGACACGGUGCUGGACUCCAAUGCCAGGGUCACACCAUUCCGCAUCCUGCUGCAGGUCCCAGGCUCUCAGACCAGCUGGGUCAUCGCAAGUGGAGCCGCCAUAGAGGAGGUGAAUAAGCACUGGGACUGGCUGGUCCACAACCUGCUGCACUCUCUGUUGGUGUUUGAGAACAAAGAAGAUGCUGCUAGCUUUGUCCGAGGAAAAGUUAAGGGUCUUAUUGCAGAGGACGCUCGGGGACGGCAGGCUGCCCAGGAGGAGGAUCCGGAGAAGUUCAGAGACGCCCUGCUGAAGUUCGAGCGGCACUUUGGCCUCCCUUCAUCAGAGAAGCUGGUGACGUUCUACUCCUGCUGCUGCUGGAAGGGCCGCGUGCCUCGGCAGGGCUUCCUUUACCUCAGCAUCAACCACAUGGCCUUCUACUCAUUCCUACUUGGGAAGGAAGUCAAGUUCGUGAUUCCCUGGGCGGAGGUGACGCGGCUGGAGCGGGUCUCUACCGCUCUGAUGACCGAAGCCAUUCGGGUCACCACCCGACAGCGGCAGAGGGAGUUCUCCAUGUUCUUGAACCUGGACGAGGCCUUCGGGGUCAUAGGUCAGCUGGCUGACAUCACCCUGAGGCGGCUGCUGGACAGCGAAGGCCUGGAGCUGGACUGGGUUCUACAGCAGCCGGCCCGCAUCACCAAGAGGAUCUUAGAGGAGCAGGCCAUCCGAGAGUACGUCCUGGCUUUGUUUCGACUCCCUCGGGGGGAGAAGCUCCACGAGGUGGCCUCGUGUUCGGUGUGGACUCCACACGCUCGCUGCCACACGGCUGGGAUGCUCUACACCACCGAUGGCUACAUUUGCUUCUCCAGUCGAGAGGAAGGCUGCUGCACCCUCCUCAUCCCCCUCUCUGAGGUUUUAUCCAUAGAGAAGGCGGAGAGCACCAGCGUCCUUCCCAACCCGGUAAUCGUGAGCGUGCGGACCAAAAAGGCCUUCCAGCUGAUAGAGCUGCAGGACAGAGACGAACUGGUGGAGAACAUGAGCUCCAGACUCCGAGCCACGCAGUGGAAACAGUCCAUGUUCCGCAGCAGGAAGGACAGCCGCAGCAGCGUGAGUUCUCCGACACCUUACUACACCUUCUACUACGACACUGGGCCCUCUGAUGAAGAGGAGCUAGAGGAGCAGGUCCUUCGUAAUACGGUCAACAACGAAGCUCUCAUGAUGGCCUUCCACCAGAACCAGCCAGGAAUUGAUGGAAACAAGAGCACGGAGGCGGUAAAGGCGCGGCUGUGGGAGGAUCACUUCUUAGAGUUUGGACGCGGCGUCUACAUGUUUCGUACAGAGAAGAUCCAAAAGCUGGUUGCCAUGGGGAUCCCAGAGUCUCUGAGAGGGGAGCUGUGGAUGACCUUUUCUGAUGCAUCCUCCGAGUUAGAGUCCCACCAAGGCUACUACGCUGGCCUGGUGCAGAAAUCGAUGGGUCAAAGCAACCUGGCCACAGAGGAGAUCGAGCGUGAUCUGCAUCGUUCCCUGCCGGACCAUCCAGCUUUCCAAAACCCCACCGGGAUCGCCGCCCUCAGGAGAGUCCUCACUGCAUACGCUCACCGCAACCCAAAGAUCGGAUACUGUCAGUCCAUGAACAUCCUGGCAUCGGUCCUGCUGCUCUACUCCAAAGAAGAAGAAGCUUUCUGGCUCCUGGUGGCUGUUUGUGAGAGGAUGCUGCCCGACUACUUCAACCGCAGAGUGAUAGGAGCUCAGGUAGACCAGUCUGUGUUUGAGGAGCUGAUCCGGGAGCGUCUGCCUGAGCUGGCCGAGCAGGUCCCGGACCUCUCCACCCUCUCCUCCGUCUCUCUCUCCUGGUUCCUCACCCUUUUCCUCAGCGUCCUCCCCUUCCACAGUGCUGUUUGUGUGGUAGACUGCUUCUUCUUCCAGGGCAUCAAAGCCAUCUUUAAGUUGGGUCUGGCCGUGCUGGAGGCCAACGCGGCACAGCUCUCUGCGUGCACGGAUGACGGACAGGCGCUUAUGAUUCUCACCAGUUUUCUGGACCGGGUUGGAAGUGAAGAGACUCCUGGUGCAGCGUUGUGUCCGCCUACAGAGGAGAACAGCGGCAGUGACACUGACAUUCCAGCUGUGGGACACAUAAACAUCACUGUGCUCAUUAACGAGUCCUUGGAGAAAUUCAGAGACCUGACAGUCCGUCAGAUUGAGCGUCUUCGUUGUCUCCACAGAAUCCAAGUGCUGCAGGCUCACGAGGACACCAUCAAAGAAAAUGCUCUGCGACUGGUGACCCCUGAUGUCUCCAUCUCUCCAGAAACUAUGUCUGACAUCUACGACCUCUUUAAGACGGAGCACUUCAUCAGCCUGUACUGGGGCGACAGCAGCUCUGCGGCAGCAGCAGAAGCAGCAGCGUGGCAGUACAGCGACUCUGGUCGCUCCUUCGUGGAGCGCCAGUAUCGGCUGGACCGACCCCAGUUCAAAAGCCUGUAUGGGCUGCUGGCACCGUGGCCCACCGUCUCAAACCAGCACACCGACACACUGGCUAACCGCACCUUCACCCUGCUGGACCAGGACCAUGACAAUCUGGUCACCUUUAAAGAGUUUAGCAGCUGGCUGGAUACUUUGUACUGUGAGGAGCUGAAUGAGAAAAUACGGCUGCUGUAUCGCCUUCACAUCCCUCCAGCUCUGACUGAACAUGAGGAGGAUUCAUCUCUCAGGAGCACCCUACUGUCCACAAACAGACCUCUCUACCUUAACAAGGAGCCCUCUGUUCUUGCAGGAGCAGAAGAAGCAGUGAAGGACUACCAGGAGCAGCUAAAGCAGAUGCUGCAGGAUCUGACCAAAGAGAAGAAAAAAGAUGUGGACCAGCCUCUGCCGCUCAUGAAUCAGCGAGAGUUCAUCCAGUUCUGUAAGACGCUCUACAGUAUGUUCCACGGGGACCCGGAGGAAAACGAGCUCUUUCAGGCUAUCGCCACAGUCACAAGCCUUGUGCUGCAGAUCGGUGAGGCCAGUCACCACGGGCAAGCCAAAGGGUCAGAGGUCAGCGGCCAAGAGGAGGCAGAAGCACCGGAAUGCUGGCGGGAAGCUGGAAGUCUGGCUGCAGCGAGCGAGUGGACGGUCAGCUACGCUCAGAUCCUGGCGUCGCUGCUGACCGAACAGGCGCUGGUGAACUUCUUCGAGAAGCCGGCGGACCUGUCGGUGAAAAUUGCCGAGGCCAAAGAGAAUCAGUACCAGCAGAGGGCGGGUUUGCUCACGCUGCAGCAGCGGACCAGGUGACUGCAGUUAGAACAGAGACGGGCGGCUGGAAGCCUGACCUCCUUCACUAACGCUCACCACACGCGUAGAAGUGACUGCAGAGUUUUCCAGAGCAUUCUGAGCCAUUUACGUACAGCGCCACAAACCUUUAAGUUAUAACCGUUUCCUUCUUCCAUCGCCACGACGAUGCCUUCAGUUUACCCGUAAUCCUGUCUGCCACUCAAGUGUUAACAGACUAAUGACUUCAUAAUUAUUAAAAGUCCAUUCACCUUGUUCCCAGGAAGCUGCCUUAUUUAAAACUUUAACCAGGAAACCUUAAAAACGGCUAGUUUUCUAGGCUGAACGUGUUCUUUUUGUAAUUAUUUUAUUACUUCUGUUUCCUCAAAAUAAAAUGUUUUCACACACUCA